AUGGCGAAGGGACGCAACGGCAAGAGCGGCAAGAAGACCACUGACAAUGCUCUGGAUAAGGACGUACCUGACUUACCUGCGAAGGAAUCCGCUGACAGCGGGAAGCCUCUCUUAAUUCCCGCUUCUGCGUCUGUGAUUGGUCCUUUUGAAGCCCCACCGGAGCUGCCGAUCGCAAGUGAGCAUGACGCUGGUUCACGACAAGAGAAAGCUGACGGGGAGGAGAUUGCUGAGGGAGAACCUCGUGAGGGGAUUGAUGCUGAAAGCGCUGAGAAUGACGGUGAUGAUAACGCGCAGCCGGCUGAAACCCCUGAUGACGAAGACGACGGUUACCUGAGUGAUGACUCUGAUGAGCAUCUGGAGCCAGACUCGCUUUACAGUAUUCUUGCUCUGAAACGCUUUUCACUAACCUUGUUGGUGCCGAUUUCCAGUAAGGUAGAAGUUAAGCGUGCUGCUAUCACUGUUGCUGCGAUGUUGAACGAUUGGCAAGAAUUAUUAUCGCCGGACGUGCUUCAAACCACCACUUACCAGGACCUUACACCGAUGUACCUCUCCCGUGAGCGCUACGGCCGUCUGCAAGUUACAUUCAACCACGUUCGAGAUGCAAACUUCGUUUGGAGCCAGAUCAUUCGUCAUGAAUGCAUCAAUGGCGAUUUCAUUGACCUCACCUGGCAGCACCCUGAGGAUGCGCGCUUCUUGCGCGAGCGUGUGCUAAACCCCACAACAAAGGAAGUGGUGAUUAAAGGCGUACCAGGAAUGAUGACGGCGGAACUGUUUCGUUGCUUGUUGGUGGUGUCGAAGCUGGUCAAGCGUGGUAGGAGUGCGUUUGCCAGCGGUUUUGGCUUCCAUCGGACGGUGGACCCGGUGUCUGGCCUGUUCAUCCCCCAUGCCGAUGAUGAGUACCGCUGGAGGUACUUUGUGGAAGAUCCGACUACGGGAAAGCACCCUGCUGUUAUCCUCACCUCCACCGGUGGAGCACGAGAGGAAUGGGUCUGCGUUCAGUCAGCGUGCGAAAAAGCGCAAGGAAAUCGGUUCAAGCAGGCAUCGGCCCACAUUGCAUCAGCUCGUCACAAGGGGGGCAUGCGGAAGGAGGGAUCAGCAACCCGUGCCAGCAAGUUCUCCCAGAAGCUGCUGGCUUUUAAGAAGGAGUACAUCGUGAAGCCGUUGAAGGAAGAGAGAAAACGGGAGAAGGCAACCAAACUACAUCUCACCAGGGAGGAAGAGCGACUCAGAACUCGGGUGUCGCGAUACCCGCACUGUCAGAGGACGGGAAGAAUCUUACUCCGGAAGGAGGAGCUGUUGGAGGUGUACAAAAAGAGCUAUAAGGAGAAGCUGCAGGCGUGGGCAGGCAUUGAAGCGGAGCUAGAAGGGGAGGUGGCGUCGGGUACCCUGUCAGCACAAAUCAAAACGCGUAAGGCGAAGACCGCUAUCAGAGAGGUGUCAAGGAACGGGACCACCUUUCUAGGGGUAAAUGAGGUCCUCUCGGCGGCGACAGACCACUUCCGAGAGGCUUUCAUCUGUGCCGGAGGAGGUGCAGCACCUGCCACGGAGGACCAUCCCAUGCAGCGGCAGCUGGGGGAGAAGAGCAGGAGGUCGCUAAGCGCACCUUGGACGGAAGAAGAGGUAUGGAGGGCGGUAAGGGAGCUCGCCCCAGGGAAAUCGCUCGGAGCGGAUGGCUUGCCCAAGGAGCUUUUCGACCACAACUGGGACCUGCUGGGACCAGUACUGAUGGACCUGAUAAGGAGAUUCACGAGGGGAGAGGAGUUGCCGCAGAACGUCACAACAGCGAUGACCAUCCAGCUGCACAAAAAGGGGGACAAAGGCGACUUAGGGAACCACCGGCCAAUAACACUUUUAAGCACAGUAUACAAGAUCGUGUCAAAAGUGAUGGCAAGCAGGCUCAAGAGGGUGCUGCACGAGGUCAUCUCUGAGGAUCAAUACGGCUUUAUACCGGGUCGACAGCUGGCAGACGCGGUGGCAACGGUAGCAGAUGCCAUAGAAGCAGGAGCUAACGGAAAAGAGGGCUGGUACCUGUUAAUGAUCGAUUUCCAGAAAGCAUUUGACUCAAUCUCGCGCGACUACCUCUUCAAUACGUUACAGAAGCUGGGCUUGCCGGAGGAGUUUCUGACCUGGAUGGAGGGGCUGCACAGAGAGGCAGGGACGCGCCUGCACAUUAAUGGGUGGCGGGGGAAAAUGUUGCAGUGGAUAAGGGGGUGCGCCAAGGUUGUCUGCUGGCGCCGUAUCUGUUCCUCUGCGCGGUCGAGCCGUUAUGUCUAG